AUGCACUACGCUCCCUUCCUCCAAGGUAUCCAGUCUGUGGUAGUGGAUGGAGCGGUGGCCACCGUCAAACUCCCCAACGGCCAGCCCGGUCGGAUGGAGAGCCCUACUUGGACGCGAUGUGAUGCGGUGCUCCUGGAUUCCCUCAUUUCGGUGACAGGGCUGCUGCUCAAUAGCAGCGAAACCGCUGCUAAUGACCAAGUCCUGAUUGCGUUCAUUGGGGAUGUCUUCGUACGCUCCCCGGAAAGACAGGUGGUAGCGAUGAUGUCAGGAGUUCGAUUCAAUCAGAUGGACAAGGUGAAGUUGGGCAAAUUCCUUGGAGCAGCUAACAACGCCAGCGUUUCUCGGCCACAGCAGCCAGUAUCUCGCCCUGAUCGCAUGCCGGCUCAGAAAGUCCCUGAUGCUGCUGCUAUGUCUACAGGUGAAUUGCCAAUCAGUGACACGGAAUCGAGUCCUAUGACAGCUACAACAGCCGUGACAACCCCAUCAGGAGAAAAGUACAGGAACCCCGAAAUUGUGAUUAAGGAGCUCAUCUCGAAUUAUACUGGUUUGGACCCGGAUGAAAUUCCUGCGGAUUCUGUCCUCAUAGACCUUGGUAUCGAUUCUCUAUCAUUGAUGGAGUUUUCGGAUGAGCUCAACGCAGCAUUUAACUCGAGCAUCAGUACCGUAGGCUUGGGACAAACGUCUGUGGGGAACCUCACUGAAAUGGUGAGGCAAAAGUCGCCUGGGGACUCUCAACUCACAAAUGGUAGUGAUGAAAUUAUACAUCACAAUGAGCCGGUAUCGCCUAAUGAUUCUGGUAUUCCACCAGCUCUUUUACAGACCAAGCUCAACGGGGUGGUUGGACAUGAAGAUGACAGGACCGCGGCCACACCGGACCCAGUACAGGCACUGCUUGAAGUCGACAGCCAAUUUCGAGAUGCGGAAAAUAGGAAUGGGUAUAUCGCCUACGAAUCUAAUGUCUUACCUUUGCAAGAUCUUCUGGUGCAGGCCUAUAUCCUGGAAGCCUUCGAGGCUUUGGGGGUUCCUAUCCUGCCUUUGCCCUCAGGAACGGUUAUUGCCCCAAUUAAGCAUAUAGCCAGGCACAGCAAACUCGUUGCUCGACUAUGGGAGAUUCUUCAGACCCAUGGGGUCGUUUUCAUACAGGCGAGCAUAAUCGUUCGAGGUCGUGAAACCCCAAAAUUUGGUUCUGCUGCAGAGGUGUAUGAGAACUUAGAUUCGAGCUUUCCAGCCUAUUUGCCGGAAGCAAAGUUGAUGAAACUGACCGGAGAAAGCCUGGCACCCGUAUUAGAGGGCGAACAAAAUCCUCAUUUACUGAUGUCUGGAAGUCCAGCCUCAUCCAAGAUCGUGGAAGACUAUUAUGCCAAGUCACCAAUAGUAUCCACAUACACGGAUCAGCUCGUGACUCUAGUCAUGAUUCUGCUUCGCGGACACGAGAUACAUCAUAAGAGCAAUAAGCGGGUCCCUCGCAUUCUGGAAGUUGGUGCAGGCACCGGGGGCACAACUCUGCGACUGGCGCAGGCUAUCGAGGCGGCGAGAAUCCCGUGCCAACACACUUUUAGCGAUGUAUCUGCACCGAUUGUCUCCAAAGCGAAGGACAAAUUCGUUAAUCUCCUGGAUCGACUACGACACAAUUGA